AUGUCGCCAGAUAAUGAACCACAACCUCCAAAUGAAGAUGAGUUGCUCAACAAUAUUUUGCCCUCAUACCAUAUGUUUCAAUCUACAGUAUCAAAGAAUUUAACCCCAACAAAUGAAAACUAUUCUAUCGACCCACCAACAUACGAGAUGACCCCCAUCACUUCAGAGACCCCUUCGUUGUUGACUUUUAGUAGAAUGCAAAGUCCCGUCGAUGAACGACUAGAAACUGAUAAUUACUUUCCCCAGAGUGAUAAUGACUCGGUCACCUAUAACCAAGAAAGUGAGGAUAUGUGGAAGAAUAGUAUUUUAGCUAAUGCUGACAAAUUACCAAAUCUAACUCAUAAGAAAAACUCAAUGAGUGAGUGUUUACAGAUUGACAUUCAAGUAACAGAAAAAGUUUGUCAAAGUGGAAUAAAACCUAUAUUUAUGGAUCCAUCAAAUCGAGAGUUUAAACAGGGUGAUUAUCUUCAUGGUUAUGUUACCAUUCGCAACACGUCGGAUCAGCCCAUCCCCUUUGAUAUGGUGUAUGUUGUUUUUGAAGGAACAUUUACUACUCUAGAUACACUGUCUGGAACAAUUUCCACUGAAAUGCCAGCGUUAAGAUUUAAGUUUUUGACGAUGUUGGACCUUUUUGCUUCAUGGUCGUAUGCUAACAUUGAUCGACUUAUUACUGAUAAUGGAGACCCCCACGAUUGGUGCAAUGGAGAAACUGAUCCAUACGACAAUACAUUAUUGUCUAUCGAUGUGAAAAGGUUGUUUCAGCCUAAUGUAACGUACAAGCGAUUUUUCACAUUUAAAAUUCCAGAUAAAUUAUUAGAUAGCACGUGCGAUCAGUACAAUUUGCCAACACAUAUAGAAAUACCCCCAACACUAGGCAUUGAUAGAAACAGUUUCCCUCCUUCAUUUUUAUUAGCGAACCAACAUUUAAUAGUUAAAGACUUGUCGUUUCUGGAUAGUUGUUUGGCUUAUCGUAUUGAUGCCAGAGUAAUUGGGAAAGCAUCAGAUUAUAAAUACAAAGUUGAUAAGGAUCAGUAUGUGGUGUCCAAAGAAGCAUCGUGUCCUAUAAGAGUUGUACCUACGCCUAACUUGGAAAUGGAAUAUAAUUUUCAACAACUCAAACAAGAAGCGGAGCUUUAUUACCGAGCUUUUGUGGACUCUGUAAUGGUCAAGAUAGAAUAUGGAAAUGAGUUGUUGAACAACAAGCCUGGGUAUAGUAAUACCUCGAGACCUAACUUGAGUCCUAUGAUGAGCAACGAUAGUGUUAAAUUACGACAGUUGUACGAUGUUGCUGACGAUACGUUUAAAACUAAUUUAAGAAGUGGGAAGAGUAUGCGUGAUGAGGAUUAUUAUCAAUGUCUUAUUCCGUUUAAGAAGAAAUCAAUUACAGGAUCAAGUAAAUAUCUUGGGAUCAUUUCCUUGUCAACGAUUAAGGAACACUAUAAGAUACGUUAUACCCCACCGACAAGAUUUGGGAAAGCUCCUCCUCCAAAUGAUACUGAACUUCUAAUACCACUCGAGUUAAAUUAUUUCACUGAAUCUUCCACUCCGUUGAAAAAUUUACCAGAAAUUAAAGCGAUAGAUGUUGAAGUAGUUGCAUUGUCAAUAAGAUCAAAGAAACACCCAAUCCCAAUAGAGUUUACCACUGAUAUGUUGUUUGCAGAGAAGGAAAUUGAUAUCAAGAAAUCACAGCCGGCCAAUUUCAAUCUGCUUGUUGUUGCUCGAUUUUCAAAUUACUUGAAUGAAUUUCACAAACUAAUAAAAGGAGUGGGUAAUGAGGCAUUGAGAUUAGAGACUAAAUUAUACCAAGACGUUAAAUGCUUGGCAUCGUUGAAGACAAAGUAUAUUAAUUUGCCAAUUUCAAAUUUGGUGUUUGAGACAACUUCGCAAAAUGGUAUUGGAACCACAACAGAGGUCAAAAGUUUGCAAUGGCAAGAAGAACAAUCAGAAAAAGGCAAAUUGUUUACCAAAAAGUUUGCAGUUAGAAUGAACCUAAAUAAUUGCAGUCUGAAAAGUAAUGAUAACUCGUCUAAAGGGUUAGAUAGAAUUACAUUGGUGCCUAGUUUUCAAACAUGUUUUGCCAGUAGAUUGUAUUAUAUUAAAAUGACUGUGAGAUUGAAUCAUGGAGACAGUUUACUUGUGAAUGUUCCUUUGAAUAUUCAUAGAUAUUAG